CGAUUCGUCCCCACUGCUCUGGUCGACGUUCAGGUGGAGAGGCGGGCGAGUUGCGAAACACCGCUGAAAUAUUCCACGGCACCUCGCCCGCCCCGUCAGUAGCAGUACGCCGCGGCACUCUCAGCCACUCACCGCCUCGCAAUGAAGGUAGUGGUUCUGUUGUUGGUGGUGGUGACAGCAAUGCAGACGGGCAGGGUGCGCGGCUCCCCCAGGACGCUGCCGGAGGGUGGGCUGGUGAAGCAGGGAGAGCGGCGGCUGUGUGGCUGGAGGCUGGCCAAUGAGCUGAAUCGUGUGUGCAAAGGUGUCUAUAACGUGCCGACAGUCUCCACCAAUGCCCUCUUCUACCUGAAGGGACGAGGAGGAAAAAGAGUGGAUUUGUGGCCGGUCGGUGGGCGGGAGCAGCAGUUCCCUUCACGGACACAUGCACCGGCUGACGACUUGCGAGCCAGCCACCUGAGCGAGCCUCACCUCUUUCAAAGACCAGCAGACCGGCCACCGGUGAGCGCCAGCGGCUGCCUUCUGACCGGAGCGGAGGCGUCGCAGGUAGUGGUGGGUAGGUCGCCUCGGGUGAAGCGGGGACUGUCUGCCGAGUGUUGCCGCAAGGCGUGCUCGGUGUCAGAGUUGGCAGGAUAUUGCUACUAGUUUGUUGGUGCUGCUAGUCAAAAUGGUUUGUGUUUCCCAUCAUCAGCUUUACAAGGAGAUAAAAUACUGUACUGAAAGAAGACAUUUUAUUGUUACCAUUACAACUACAUGAACAAUAUAUGCAAAUCUUACGGUAAUUAUUAUCAUAGUAAACAGAAUUAUCGUU